ACAUCAGGAAAAGAAAACACUGUUGUACAAGACACUAUUAAAGAAGAUGGAGGCUCAUCUGUAAAUCAAGAUCUCACAGUUCAUAGGAUACCUUCCGGCAGUUCUUCACAAUCAUCUGAUGGUGUAAAUCCAAGCACAAAUACAGAUGAUUUUGAUCAGAUUACAAGUACGCAAGUGUCCAUUAAUUCACAAGGCAGCCUCUGGUUACCAAGCAGUCAAGAUACAUAUGAAGAAGAGGAGGGAGGUGAUCACCUAGAAAACAUGAAUAACAAGAGGAAAGCUCUAGACACUUUCCUGCAAAGCUGUGGCUUAAGUCCAGUGAAGAAGCAACUCGGAACAGAUUGGAAUGAAGCAUCUGACCGUACAAAAAGUGAUUAUAUAUCAUCAGCUAAAUCAAUUUUUCAAGAGGUUGUGAAUGUCCUUGCACCAGGUCAAGGCUCUCUUCUGCUGGAUGCUUUAUUGAAGACUGCUUCAGAUUCUGCUGACACCAACAUACUGCAAUUUCUUUCAAAAGCCUAUAACCUAUCUACUGACUGGGGAACACAGAGACAAAUUUUGUCAUUAUUUGCUCAUGCCUAUACUUACAAUCAGUUGAUUGCCUUUAUUCCAACUCUUACCAAAUACAGAUAUACAGCAGCAAGAAAACAUGCCAUUACAAGGGGUGUUGGACAGCAAGUGCAAAGUUCAUCAUAUACUAGGGAAGGUUUGUCUGAUCACCAGAUCAAACAUUUUAUAGAUUUUGUCAUGUCCCCUUGUAUCAUGACAGAUUCUCCAUUUUUGGAAACUAAGUUAAAACUUUCAAGUGGUGAAGUCUCUCAAGUUCCACAAAUUAUUUUGAAUAGUGUAAGAGCUCGUGUAGUGGAGCAGUACAGGAGCUUCUGCUUAGAGUCUGAAGUAGAAAAUGUUGCCAGUGACAGGUCAUAUAUGAGAGUACUAGAGGCUAUUGAGCCAAAAGUAAGGAAAAGCAUGAAAGGGCUAGAUAACUUUGCUGCAGAUGGAGCAGGAGCUAUUGAUGACCUAAAGAAAAUUGUUACUGAGUUGGGAAGGCUAUUGAAAGGAGUGGAGUGGGCAGAUGACAUCGUUCAGAAACUGGCAAAUGGGAAACAGUAUCUUAAACUUGAUUAUAAGAUGCAUGUUGCAGUUGAGUCAGAAAUUCCUGACCAUUGUUCAUAUUAUGCCCUGUCUUCAAAAGCUUAUGAACAUCAGGUGACUUGCAGCCAUCCCCACAACCAAAUCUGUUCUAGCUGUCACAGUUUAACUAACACCAUAGAGCAGAUAAAAAAUGCCGCAGAUGAAGCACAGUUUGAGGAUGAAGACCAACGUGAUAACAUCCAGUACACAUUGGCACAGAGUGUAAAAGCUUUAGAAGAAUGGAAAAAACAUAUAUUACGAUCAGUCAACCAAGAUAGAGCAAGAUCUGACAUAUUGGAAAACAUAGGUGAAGAUCAAGUACUAUUAGAAAGAGACUGGGCCAUGAAAUUUUUGCCAAUGAUGUAUAGAGAAUCACAGUCAAAAUGGUUUGGAAAAAGAGGCCUCAACUGGCAUAUGACAGUGGGAACCUUCAAGGUCAAUGAGGAUCUACAUAGUCACACAAUUGUCCAUGUCUUCGACAAUGCGAAUCAAGAUGCUACUACAUCAAAUUCCAUUUUAAAAGAUUCAGUGGAGAGACUUCAAGAGAAGAAUUCAAAGUUGAAAGAAGUAUUUAUCAGAUCUGAUAAUGCAGGGUGUUUUCACGGUGUAGAAGGAGUAUUUGGCAUACCUUGUUUGAACAGAACAAAUGAGUUAAAAAUUGUCCAAAGGGACUUCGCUGAUCCACAGGGAAGCAAAAGCAUAUGUGAUCGUAGAGCUGCGCAUAUUAAAGGAUCCAUCAGAAAAUAUGUCGACGAAGGAAAUAAUGUCACAACUGCAAGAGAGUUCCUUGAUGCUGUCAUGAAUUCCAACAUAAAAAAUGUUGAAGUGGUUUAUGCAUUGCCUCCAAGUUCUGGUGCUGAGAAAAAGAAUUUAAAAAUUAAGGAUAUUUCAUUGCUGAAUAAUUUCAGAUAUGGUCAUAGUCAUGUAACAUGCCACAGGCAAUACCGUAUUGGCAGAGGUGUGGAGUUUAUGAAUGAAGAAGUGGUUUUAUAUAACAUCUUUCCAUCCAUUGAGACCAUGACCUCUUGCUCCACAAGCACUUUUGUGAAACCCUGUGAACCAGGUCAAUCAGUUGUUAUUGAUCAUGCUCAGCAAAUACCUGUAGAUGCAGAAAAUACACAAACCAUAGUGGAGGAAUGUAAUGAAAGUUCUUUAAUUUUCACUUGUCCUGAACCCAAUUGCCUCAUGUCAUUCCAAAAAUAUGGAUAUUUGAGCAAACAUUUAGACAGAGGAAAUCAUAAAACAAAAACACAUGUGAAUUCACUUUCUGAUAAGGCAAAAAAGGAGUUUGUGGAUCAAAUUGAAACAAAGAGAUCAACAUUGCUUCAAAAGUCAUCGACCACCUUACCAUCGGAUAAAAUAAUAUUAGAGAGAGGAUGGGCCUUGAAAUCCAAACGAAUAGCUAGAAGAUUUUCAAAGGAACAAACAAAUUUCCUGAGAGAAAUAUUUGAGAAGGGUGAAGUUACUGGUUAUAAGUGUGAUGCAGAAGAGGUGUCUAUGAAAAUGAGAACAGUCAAGGAUAAUGAUGGCAAAAGAAGAUUCUGUCAGCAAGAAUUCUUAUCAUUAGCUCAAAUUGCCAGCUACUUCAGUAGACUGUCCUUAGAGAAGAGAAAGAUUUCACUGAGUUCAUAUGAAGAAGAAGAUCUUGUUGCAGAAGAUUUUGAAAAUAAUGCCAUGGAAAUCAGAAAUCUUGCAACCAGUGCAAAAUGA